ACCCACAGUUGAGCUCCGCUCAAUGCUGAUUCUUUUAUUUAAAAAAUGUAUCAAGGGAAGCCAAAUGCUUGCUGGCAUCAGUCAAUCAAAUUCUACAGCUACUUUGUCACUCUUUUUGUCCAGACAGCAUUAGAUACAUGGACUACACAUACUGAGACAGAGGAGUGCUGUUUCCCUCGUGCGGUUAAUCUCUCUGAGAUCCAGCCACUUGCUAAUUGAUGGAAAAUUAUAAACUUAUUGGUCAAAUAUUUGUGAAAGCAUGGCGUUUCCUUUGCCCAAGGCUAACAAAACAGUCCAGUCUACAAUGGAAUGCACACCAUGUUUAAACGGAGCACAAUAACUGCACCGGGGCCUAUUUUUUAAAGUGUAGUUACGAGAGUGUAGAAUGUGGUUCAGCUUGUUGCACCAGUAAAGUCUUAGGAUCAUAUUAUCGUCAAAGGGAUCUGACAAAUGGAAGGAUCAUACUGAGGCCCACUUGAAUAAUGUGUCUGUAGUUGUCUAUAGUUUGAGAAAAAGGGCUUCAACAAUCUUAGCCUUUUGAAUUCCGUGACAUUGUUAAACCUUGCACACAUCACACAGGUGUGUGUGUGCCUCAAAGCCUCCCUCUGGCAUACAGUCACACAAGAGCCCAGAGAUGGCCACCUCGCUUCGCGUUCCUAGGAAACUAUGCAGUAUUUUGUUUUAUUGUGUUAUUUCUUACAUUGUUACCCCAGGAAAUCUUAAGUUUUAUUAAAUACAGUCGGGAGGAACUAUUGGAUAUAAGAGCAAUGUCAACUCCCCAACAUUACAACCAGGAAUACGACUUUCCCGAAGCAGAUCCUCUGUUUGGUCCACCACUCAGGACAAUGGAUCGGAUCCCAGCCGGUAACCCAAAACGACAGCGGGGCAGACGGCGCAGUCUUCUGGUCAGGCUCCGUAGAUGGGCACAUCGCUCACCGCUCCCGAGUAUACUACUCGCCGAUGUCCAGUCUCUUGACAACAAGGUAGAUGAAAUCCGAGCAAGAGUUGCCUUCCAGAGAGACAUCAGAGAUGGUAACUUUCUUUGUUUCACGGAAACAUGGCUCACUCGGGAUACAUCAUCGGAGUCGGUACAGCCACCUGGCUUCUUCACGCAUCGCGCCGAUAGAAACAAACCUCUCUAGUAAGAAGAAGGGCGGGGGUGUAUGCCUUAUGAUUAACGAGACGAUGUGUGAUCAUAACAACAUACAGGAACUCAAGUCCUUUUGUUCACCUGACCUAGAAUUCCUCACAAUAAAAUACAGACUGCAUUAUCUACCAAGAGAAUUCUCUUAGAUUAUAAUCAGUUGUGUAUAUCCCCCUCCAGGCAGACACAUCGACGGCCCUGAAAUAACUUAAUUUGACUCUAUGUAAACUGGAAACCACAUAUCCUGAGGCUGCAUUUAUUGUUGCUGGGGAUUUUAACAAGGCUUAUCUGAAAACAAGGCUCCCUAAACUGUCAGCAUAUCGAAUGCGCAACCCGGGCUGGCGCAACCCUGGAUCAUUGUUAUUCUAACUUCCACGACGCAUAUUAAGCCCCCCCCUCCUUUCGGAAAAUCUGACCACAACUCUAUUUUGUUGCGCCCAGCCUAUAGACAAACUAAAACAGGAAGCGCUCGGGUCUGUUCAACGCUGGUCCGACCAAUCAGAUUCCACGCUUCAAGAUUGUUUCGAUCACGUGGACUGGGAUAUGUACCGCAUACCGCCGGGCAAUAACAUUGAUGAAUACGCUGAUUUGGUGAGCGAGUUUAUUAGCAAGUGCAUCUGUGAUGUUGUACCCACAGCGUCUAUUAAAACGUUCCCCAACCAGAGACUGUGUAUUGAUGGUAGCAUUGGCACAAAAGUGAAAGCACGAACCACUGCUUUUAAUCAGGGCAAGGUGACCGGAAACAUGACCGAAUACAAACAGUGUAGCUAUUCCCUCCAAGGCAAUCAAACAAGCUAUGCGUCAGUAUAGAGACAAAGUAGAGUCGCAAUUCAACGGCUCAGACAUGAGGUAUGUGGCAGGGUCUACAGUUAAUCAGGGUCUACAGUCAAUCACGGACGACAAAAGGAAAACCAGCCCUGUCGCGGACCACGAUGUCUUGCUCCCAGACAAACUAAACUUCUUUGCUCGCUUUGAGGACAAUACAGUGCCACUAACACGGCCCGCUACCAAAACCUGCGGGCUCUCCUUCACUGCAGCCAACGUGAGUAAAACACUUAAGUGUUAACCCUCGCAAGGCUGCAUGCCCAGACGGCAUCCUCAGAGCAUGCGCAGACCAGCUGGCUGGUGUGUUUACUGACAUAUUCAAUCAAUCCUUAUCCCAGUCUGCUGUUCCCACAUGCUUCAAGAGGGCCAGCAUUGUUCUUGUUCCCAACAAAGCAAAGGUAACAGCUAAAUUACUAUCGCCCCGUAGCACUCACUUCCUUCUUUAUGAAUUGCUUUGAGAGACUAGUCAAGGACCAUAUCACCUCCACCCUACCUGACACCCUAGACCCACUCCAAUUUGCUUACUGCCCUAAUAGGUCCACAGACGACGCAAUCACUCUGCCCUAACCCAUCUGGACAAGAGGAAUACCUAUGUAAGAAUGCUAUUUGUCGACUACCGCUCAGCAUUUAACACCAUAGUACCUUCAACACGCCCUGUGAAACUGGGUCCUGGACUUCCUGACGGGCCUCCCCCAGGUGGUGAGGGUAGGUAACAUCUCCACCCCGCUGAUCCUCAUCACUGGGGCCCCACAAGGGUGCCUUCUGAGCACUCCUGUACUCCCUGUUCACCCAUGAUUGCGUGGCCAUGCACGCCUCCAACUCAAUCAUCAAGUUUGCAGAUGACACUACAGUGGUAGGCUUGAUUACCAACAACGAUGAGACGGCCUACAGGGAGGAGGGGAGGGUCCUUGGAGUGUGGUGUCAGGAAAAUAACCUCACACUCAAUGUCAGCAAAACAAAGGAGCCCCCCAUCCACAUCGACGGGACAGUAGUGGAGAAGGUGGAAAGUUUUAAGUUCCUUGGCGUACACAUCACAGACAAACUGAAAUGGUCCACCCACACAGACAGCGUGGUGAAGGCGGCGCAGCAGCGCCUCUUCAACCUCAGGAGGCUGAAGAAAUUCGGCUUGUCACCAAAAACACUCACAAACUUUUACAGAUGCACAAUCGAGAGCAUCCUGUCAGGCUGUAUCACCGCCUGGUACGGCAACUGCUCCGCCCACAACCGUGAGGCUCUCCAGAGGGUAGUGAGAUCUGCACAACGCAUCACCGGGGGCGAACUACCUGCCCUCUAAGACACUUACACCACCUGAUGUCACAGGAAGGCCAAAAAGAUCAUCAGAGACAACAACCACCCAACCCCAUGCCUGUUCACCCCACUAUCAUCCAGACGGUGAGGUCAGUACAGGUGCAUCAAAGCAGGGACCGAGAGACUGAAAAACAGCUUCUUUCUCAAGGUCAUCAGACUUAAACAGCCAUCACUAACAUUAAGUGGCUGCUGCCAACAUCCUGACUCAUCUCUAGCCACUUUAAUAAUGGAAAAAUGUAUGUAAUAAAUUUAUCACUACCCACUUUAAACAAUGCCACUUUAUAUAAUGUUUACAUACCCUACAUUACUAAUCUCAUAUGUAUAUACUGUACUCUAUACCAUCUACUGCAUCUUGCCUAUGCCGUUCGGCUGUUGCUCAUUCAUAUAUUUUUAUGGACAUAUUCUUAUUCAUUCUUUUACAUGUGUGUGAUAUAAGGUAGUUUUUGUGAAAUUGUUAGGUUAGAUUACUGCAUGGUCGGAACGAGAAGCACAAGCAUUUCGCUGCACUCGCAUUAACAUCUGCUAACCAUGUGUAAGUGACAAAUAAAAUUUGAUUUGAAGUUAACAUGCAAACCCUCUUUACUCAAGCUCAAAGUAUCACUCUACAGUCCAGUGUAACGGCCAAGGCCUGAAAGCCCGUCCCAUGCUGGCACGUCACACAGAUGACGGUUAAUCCUGCAUGGUGGUGAAGAAUCAACCCAGAUUAUACUGCAUUAGACGCUUAUGUCAUUGGCUUGCUGCUUGAUGCUCUAUUUCAGGAUUCUGUUCCAGUGAGGGAAGCCUCCAGUUGGUCUCUCACAGAUGAUCUCCCUACUAUCUUGACGCUGUGUUGGCAUGGAAAACUGUUGGACUUCACCAACUAUAGAGCCAUCAAUAGAAACCCAUGAGCUCUCCGGCAUAGCAAGAAUGACGAUGUCCCCCUCGUGGCAUCAUAACAACCUUCCUACAAUGCACUCCUCCACCAUGCCACUGUCCAAGAGUUCCUACAAUGUGUUAAGUGCCUUCUGCACUGAGGACAAUGUUCCCCGGUGUAUCUCUUACAUUAAUCAGGAGAUGGACUCUCUGGGGUUCUCCUCUGCAUGUAUUGAGGCCAGCUCACCAGAGGUAAGCGGGGGGCUGAACACUGUGCCAGCCCUGAACAGCAUGUAUGAGCUGCUCCAGAUGCAGCGCCGCAGCCAACACAGCCUGCAGGAGCAGGAGACAGAGCAGCUGAAGAGAUCCAGCACCCUGGAACACCUGCAGAUCACCAACUCCAGACUCAAGGAUCAGCUGGAGCUCUCUAAAAGAGAGACAUCAGGACUGCACGAGGCAGAGAGGCAGCUGCAACUCAAAAUCAAGACUCUGCAGAACUGCCUUAAAACUGAAAAAGAUGAGGUGCAGAAGCUCCAGAGCAUCAUCGCCAGCAGAGCCUCUCAGUACAGCCAUGAUGCCAAGAGGAAGGAGAGGGAGAGCACCAAACUCAAAGAACGCCUCAACCAGCUACUGGUGGAAAAGAGGGAUAAGAAACUCGCGAUUGACGUAUUGAACUACUUGGGACGGGCUGAUGGGAAGAGAAGCCAAUGGAAGACUGGAAAGGUCGAGGCCAGACAUGAGGGGGAGAUGUACAGGUCCCUGCUGAGUGACUAUGAGGUUCGUCAUAGAGCCCUGAUGCUGGAGAACGUUGAGCUGAAGAAGGUGCUGCAGCAGAUGAAGCGGGAGAUGGUGUCCAUUCUGAGUCCUAGUCCUAGGAAACCAUGCUCCAGCUUCAGAGACCAUGUGGAAGACAGCCUAGAACUGAGUACCAGAAGUCCCCUACGUGACAGUACAGCCGGCUCAGACAGGGAUAAGGAGGUUGGCGACUGCAGUAGAGAGACCCUGGACCAGUCAUGUGAACACGCCCGGGAGCAGCUGACCAAUAGCAUCCGGCAGCAAUGGAGGAGACUGAAGAGCCACAUGGAGAGACUGGACAGCCAGGAAUGUGUUGUGUCAUCAGCCUCCCUGGUGCAGCAGAGCCAGCAGCGUGCUGGUAAAGAGCUGGUCACCAGACAGAUCCAUGAGAAGGAGAUGGAGAGGAUGAGACUGGAGGUCCAGCAGUGUAAAGAUUUCAUCCAGACACAGCAGCAGCUCCUACAUCAGUUAAACUCUCCCUGCUAUGAUGAUGAGACUGCUGCUCUUCUGAAUGACUGCUACACUCUGGAGGAGAAGGAGCGUCUCAAAGAGGAGUGGAGGCUCUUUGACGAGCAAAGGAAGAACUUUGAGAGGGAGAGGGAGAACUUCACUGAAGCUGCCAUUCGCCUCGGAUAUGAGAAAAAGGCUUUCGAGGAAGACCGUGCCUCGUGGCUCAAGAAUCAGUUCUUGAACAUGACUCCAUUUGUGGACCGAAAAAGACAUUCUGCAUCAGAAACUCAACAUGCCUUAUCAACUAGUAGUGAGCCCGAUAUGAGGAUCCCCUCCACUCCAGCCAGGCUGACCAAAUCCCGGACGUACGCUGCGUUCUCCACUCCUAAAGCUGUCGCUGGCAUGCCCUCCACAGCUGAUCUCUACCACACACUACGCCUCAUACCAGACAGCAGCAGCUCUUCCAGAGGCAGUUCAAAACGAGGGAGCUGGCAGGAGUCCAACACCAUCCAUAGUAGAGAAGAUUCUCGGGUCAGGUCCAGGGACAGAUAUGGAGGUGGAGACUGCUGCAGUAUCUUCUCGCUAGGGUUAGAGGAAAACAGCCUCACCUGAAGACACUCCAGUGACAUUUAUAUUACUGUGGACUCAACAGACCACUCCAAUGGCAGUCCAUGGCCGUGUUCAUUAGGCACCAAACAGAAUAAAAUGUAAUGUAACAGAAGGGCUUCCUGGAUUUGUCCAAUAUGUCACACUCAUUUUUGUUUUCUGUUGUGUGCCCUAAUGAACAUGACCCAUGUUUCAACACCACCACUGUCUCAGGACGAACAGUGGUACAUCGUUGUUCACCAAAACUCGAUUGAAUCAGAACUUUAAUGAACAUGUAGAUUUGUUUUUUUUUUUCUUUAUUUUAGAUUUUUACUGAGUAAAGCAUCUCCAAGUCUAAGUGUGAAGUGGCAGCCAAACCUUGAUUUGGGUAAAUCAGGGUUCUGCUAAUACCAAUUCGGUGCCUUUUUUAGAUAAGUUACUUGGUCAACAAAUUUGUCACAAUUUUAACAUUCUAUCAUAAAUGGCACAUGUUCAACUUUUUUUUAACACGUUUUCCCAUCAAGAGGUGUUGAAUCUACAAAUGAUUAUAGUAAAUGCUUAUUAAGUUCCCAAUAUAGUAACAGGGUUGAUGAUGUCAUCCUAUAUCAGCCAUUAAUGUCCUUGUGACAGGGGGAAUGGAAGUUUGUGGUGUGCAACAGGGAGUGGCAAUUGAAUGCAAGCUUCACCAUUUUUUUUUUUUUUUUUAAAUUUUUCUAGCCUUUAUCUAUGGGUAGCAGGGUUGACUUGUUAUGCUCGACCUGCUCAGUUUCACUACAAAACACCAGAAAAUGGCCAAAAAGAAUAGAACCAGCUCACCUGCUUUUACAGUAUGAUUUUACUAUUAGAUGUUCAAUGUUUCCUUAGAAUAAAAAAGGAUUCGUUUCAUUAAAACAAGAGCUCAGUUCAUGUAACAGGGUUGACCUUAAAAUGAGGGAUAGACAAAUGAAUCACUAAUCCAUGAAAUAAAUAAUCUUCAGAAAUGGCUGUCAAAGCAACAAUAAUUGGGGCUUUACAAUGAUUGUGAAAUGUUGGUUAAAAUGUUCCUAGAAGUCACUGAGGGUGCAUGGAGGGACAUAUCAAAAUGCUGAAUUUUGGCACUUUAGCAGGUCUUUACUCAUUAAAAAUAGGAAUUAUUUUAUUCUCCAUGAAAGAGAACUUCAUUUAAUAUAACAGACUUCUAAAAUACAAUAUUGGUGCACAAUUUCUACUUAAACAGAAAUUCUGCUCAAACGAUAUUUCUGUAUUUUAUUUUGUCAUUAGUCGCAUGUUUUAUAUGGGCCCCAAAAUGUUUUGCAUGUCAGCAGUCAAGUUUUCAAGAUAUUGGACUUUCAAGAGAUGCAAAAGGCACUGUUUUUGUGGAACGAACCAGAUAUUUUCCGAAAAUGUGCGAAAAGCUAUCAAUAGGCUACUGCCUAGUCCUGAAUGUUUACACAUCGUUUUCACUCCAAAUCAUUAAUAUUAUUUUAAUUAACUUUAUUCUAAAUGUUUAAUGUUAAGUGAUAUGCUGCUCUGAAACUGCAAUAAAUGUAUUUAUUUUUAACUGA